UUGGCUCAUCCCCCAAAGGUUUAAAAUGGCUGCUCCUGUGCAACCCUGGAUCUACACUGCAGGAAUAAAAUGUGCCUGGGAUGUGCAGAGAAGGCAAAAGGCCUUGUAAAACUACAGAUCCCAGCAGUCAAAGUGGUGUCAAACUGCUUCAUUUCUAUAGUGUAGAUGCACCCACAGUGUGAAGAAAGUGUGUCACUCCAUGCUACAGAAACCUAGGAUUUGUAGGGGUUUUUUGAGGCACCAGCACUCUUUGCCAGAGAAGGUGAAAGACCUUGUAAAACUACAGAUCCCAGGGUCUCAUAGGCCUUCCCCCUGCAGCUCUUUGUGCCUCCUGAAAAUCUGUGCCAGAAGAUUGAGAGACUGGAAAAUAAAGGACUUUUUUCUUCACUGGCAUCAUCCACUGAUUCAAAAGCCUUCCAUAACUGGAAAGAGACCUUCUACACACAACCUCCUCCCCCUCCCCCCCAAAAAAUUAAAUUGUAAAAAAGAUGAGUGUGUGAUUUGCAGAGCUCCUUGUCGAACAAUAGUACUUUCAAAAAAGAUGAAUCCAGAUAUCCAGGCUCUGUUUAUGGGAAUAGAUGGAUUAUGCAGAAAAUAUUCCAAAGAAGUUACACAAAUUGUCCAGUUCCAGGAAAAGCACAGACAACAAUUAUUAGCACAUUACAGAGGAAAGAUUACAAAACUGGAAGGAUAUCUUAAGAGGGCAACACAACAGAUUCAGCAGAUGCAACAACUGCAACAGGUUUCAUCAGUGGAAGUGGAUUAUGUGCCAUCUUCAGUAAGGAAAGCUGAAACAGUGGGUGGACCAACAAGGAUAUCAUUGAUAAGCCCACCUCAAGAUGGACAUAUGGGUAGUGUUUCAUGCAGAAGUUCUCAGUUGUCUGGAAAGAAUUCAUGUCAAAAGAGUUCGUCAGGGUCAAUAAGGUCAUCACCAUUACGAAUACCAGCUAAUAGAACUUCAUAUAUGUCACAAUUUGUAUCAUCACAAGAUAACAGAAGUCAUGUGCCAGAUGCUUUUGGACCAAGAACUACUCAGCACUAUCUAUGCACACCGUCUUUACUCCCAGCAAUGGCAAAACACUCAAUUAACCUUGGCAGUCUUUUACAAAGACAACAUUUAGGAUCUGGUAUUCUUCCAGGACAUUCAUUACAAAAAUAAGUACAUGUGCAAGCUCUGCUCAACAAAACAGAAAACUCAUCCACUGUAUACUUUUAAAACGUAUAUUAAGAAGUAUAUAAAAGUGAAUACAUUAUAUAAAGUAUAUGUUUCGAUUAAAAAAUGUUUAACUUAAUUGUUGUAUUUUGUUUUUGUUACUCUUUUGUUG